AGACGAGUUGACUUCAAGUCUUUUUUUUUGCCCCGCCAUUUUUGAACGGGCGCAAAAAUAACGAGUCACUACCGUUCAAGUCUAACCUCACAUAAUUCAAAACUUAUUUUUUUUAAACACCCUACACCACAAUUGGGUGCAGCGCCGCCAGCUGAACAAUAAUCUCACCAUCACAAACCGCAUUUUUCUCGACCAACUCUUUUAUUGUCUGUUCAGCUUCCUUCCUUACUUUUUUGCCUUGUCGACUCGACCCGGUCGAACGGGCACCACACCCCCCGAAUCCUUACCGAAACCCGUUAUACAGAAACAAAACGUCAUUGCUUUUUGUUAUACUGCUCGCUAUACCUAUACCUAUACCUGGUACUAUCAUCAGACAUUACCUAGGCUAGUACUGCUUUGAAAAAGUCAAAAGUCAAAAUCAAAAUCAAGUACAAAACCCCAAAAAACAGCAACGACAAGGAAUCCACCAUGAAUGCCGAAGCCGUAAGGGCUCGUGUUGUCGCUACCCUCUCCCCCGAUGCCAAUGUGCGGAGGGCCGCCGAGUUGGAACUCAAGCAGGCCGAGAGUCAUCCUGGCUUCACCGAUGUCCUGCUUGACGUCUUGACGGCGGAGCCUGACGAUUCUGUUCAACUCUCCUCCGUCAUCUAUCUCAAGAAUCGAACGAAUCGAGGCUGGUCUAGGAGCGACCAUUACCCCGACGAUCCGUUGAUAGCAGAAGAUGAGAAACAACGCUUUCGCGACCGCAUCCUUCCAAUACUUGCCGCCUCUCGUGGCCCCGUCCGCCAACAGUUAUUACAGCUGAUUCAGCGGAUCUUGCACUUCGACUUCCCUGGAAGAUGGCCUAGUUUCAUGGACGUUACCCUUCAGUUGCUACAUGCAAAUGAUGCCCCUUCAGUUCUUGCUGGUCUGCAGUGCCUGUUGGUGACCUGUCGAGCGUACAGGUUCAAGGGUCCCGAGGACAGUAGUAGAGCAGAAUUUGACAAGAUCGUCGAGGCUAGUUUUCCUAGACUUCAGCAAGUUUGUAAUGAAUUGGUCAACCAGGAAAGCGACGAAGCCGGCGAGAUGUUGCACAUCGCACUGAAGGCCUAUAAACACGCAACCUGGAUCGAACUCUCCAGCUACCUUAGACAGCACGACGUCAACAUCGGAUGGUGCACCAUUUUCCUGCAAACCGUGUCGAAGGCGAUACCCGCCUCGGCCAUGUCUGACGACAUCGAGGAACGAGAGCGUCAUCACUGGUGGAAGGCCAAGAAGUGGGCCUACUUCAAUCUGAACAGACUCUGGAUUAGACAAGGUAAUCCUUCGUCUCUUACCACCAAAAAUGAUGAGACGAUUAGGUAUGCAAAGGAAUUCGAGUCCACAAUCGCGCCCGAGGUGUUAAAGCACUACCUUCAAGAAAUCGAGAAGUGGGUUUCCAAGACAGCUUGGCUUAGCAAGGCAUGCUUAUCGUAUACACUUGUCUUCCUCGACGAGUGUUGUCGCCCCAAGUCGAUGUGGAGCUUGAUGCAACCGCACCUCACUAACCUGGUUACGCAUCUGGUAUUCCCCGUUUUGUGCCUCAGUCAGGAGGACGUGGAAAAGUUUGAGGAUGAGCCUGAAGAAUAUCUCCACCGAAAACUUAACUUUUAUGAAGAGGUUUCCGCUCCGGAUGUAGCCGCUACUAAUUUCCUCGUCACCUUGACCAAGGCUCGUCGCAAGCAAACGUUUGAGAUUCUACAAUUUGUGAAUGGAGUUGUUAAUGAAUACGAACAAUCACCUGACGAUAAGAAGAACCACAUCGCGAAAGAGGGGGCAUUGAGAAUGAUCGCUACCUUGGCACCAGUCCUUCUAGGCAAGAAGAGCCCAGUCGCCGACCAGAUCGAAUAUUUCUUGGUCCGAUACGUCUUCCCCGACUUUAAGAGUCCUCUGGGUUAUCUUCGGGCCCGCGCAUGUGACACCAUCGAGAAGUUCGAACAGCUCAACUUCAAGGACCAGAAUAAUCUGCUCAUUAUCUAUCGGCAUAUCCUAGACUGCAUGGCAGAUACCGAUUUGCCAGUCAGAGUCACAGCAGCCCUUGCCUUGCAGCCCCUGAUUAGGCACGACGCUAUCCGCAUCAGCAUGCAGCAGAGCAUUCCUACGAUCAUGCAGCAGCUGUUGAAGCUGGCCAACGAGUGCGACAUUGAUGCCCUUGCCAACGUCAUGGAAGAUUUUGUUGAGGUCUUCGCUGCUGAGCUCACGCCCUUUGCGGUGGCCCUCAGCGAGCAACUUCGAGACACCUAUCUCCGAAUCAUCCGCGAACUGUUGGACAAAAACGAUGCCCGCAAUGGAGACGAUGAUUUCGGCGACUACCUCGACGACAAGAGCAUCACUGCCCUGGGUGUCCUGCAGACGAUUGGCACUCUCAUUUUAACCCUCGAGAGUACUCCGGACGUACUGCUUCACAUCGAGGCGGUUCUCAUGCCUGUCAUCCAAGUGACGCUCGAAAACAAGUUAUACGAUCUCUAUAAUGAAGUAUUCGAAAUUAUUGAUAGCUGCACAUUCGCUGCCAAGAGCAUCUCACCCACCAUGUGGCAAGCCUUUGAGCUUAUCCACGCAACUUUCAAGUCCGGUGCCGAGCUAUACCUGGAAGAUAUGCUCCCAGCCCUCGACAACUUUGUACAGUAUGGCGCUGCUCAACUGACCCAGAAACCCGAAUACGUACAGGCUCUGUACGGAAUGGUCCAAGACAUGUUUCAAGACCAGAAGGUUGGAGGUGUCGACCGCAUCUGUGCAUGCAAGCUUGCAGAAGCUAUGAUGCUGAGCUUGCGUGGUCAUAUUGACCAAUCUGUCACCGGGUUUAUCGCCAUGUCCAUGAUAGUACUCAGCGGGAACGAUAUCAAAGUCAAGUCGUAUAAGAUUCACCUAAUGGAGAUGGUUAUAAAUGCCAUCUACUAUAACCCGAUUUUGACUAUAGCGGUGUUGGAGAAUAAAGGGUGGACCAAUAGGUUUUUUAGCCUGUGGUUCAGCAACAUGGACCACUUCAGCCGGGUUCACGACAAGAAGCUUUGUAUCGUAGCCAUUGUCUCCUUGUUAAGUCUAAGUGCAGACCAGAUUCCCGCCAGCGUGAGCACUGGUUGGCCAAGACUUUUGCAAGGGCUUACUGGUCUCUUCAAAACACUGCCCAAUGCUUUGAAGAAUCGCGAGGAGGCUCUGAAGGAAGAUUUCACCUAUGAUUCUGCGACCUACGAAUUUGACGAUGAUGACGAAUGGGCCGAUGAGGAUACCAACUGGAACCCAGAGGAGGGUGCCGAGGGAGACCAAGGUGAUGCUAGGGACGAGAGUACGGCGUAUCUCGAAUUUCUUAAUGAAGAAGCAGCAAAAUUCAGCCAGAUCGACGGUCAAUACAAGGAUCAGCUUGAUGAUUCGGACGAUGAAUUGGGUGAAGAUAGUGUGCUGCUGGAAUCACCACUCGACAAAAUUGAGCCUUAUCAGCUUUUCCGAAACGUUCUCCUAAAAAUACAACAGGAAAAUCCUCCAUUUUACUCCAACCUCACAUCCAACCUAUCAGCUGACGAGCAAUCCGUUAUUCAAAACGCCAUCCACCAAGCCGAGGUGAAUGCCCAAGCGGCUUUGCAAAUGGCGGCUCAGGCGGCACAAAAUCCGCAGGGCAUCCCUGGGGUUCCCAACGGCGGUGCCAGAUAGAGACGACACACCCUCAAUAGGCUUCGGUACAAUUGAGGGUUUCUGCACUCUGCUUCCCCUGGGGUGUAGUGCCGAAAACGCAAUGUUGACAAUUCCGCAGCUGUGAAGCUGUGUAUGUAAGGCAGUGAUCACGAUGGAUAGUUUGUGCAGGGACUCAAGUUUGAUAAUCCUGAUAAUACACGCCGUACUGGGGUGGCGUCUUGGGUAUGGUAUAAACACCACAGGGGCGUGGGGUUCCCAAACCACUGGUAACAUUUUAGGAGGUAAACCAAGACACGUUUAUUGCUGUCCGGUAAGAAAAGGCCUUGAGGAUAGGUAUUGUGUAACGAAGAAAGAACGAGAGGAAGAGGAAAAGGGGAAUUUAUAGUGGGGGAUAUAUCCGGAGGCACGUUGGCGAUGGCGAUAGUUUGGCUAUGAGCAAAAGGAAAACGAACAAACAGACGAGCCAAAGAUGGAUAUGUUCCCAGAUGGAUCGGCGACUGUACCGUUCUGGACGGGACACAACUCGGAAAGAUUUUAGAUCGUGCAAACAUAUUAUCCCUCCCCCCCUCUCCCUCUCCCCCCUUCUCCUCUUCCUAUUACAACCCCUGCCACUAGUAGCAGACAGACAGACAGACAGACAG